AUGGAGGAGAGCAGGCUGUGUCAGUGGAGCGUGAUUCGAUCCGUGCUGGCUAUUGUCCAGUGGUGGGGUUUCAAUGUCACCGUCAUCAUCAUGAACAAAUGGAUAUUUCAGAAAUUGGACUUUAAGUUCCCAUUGACUGUGUCGUGUGUUCACUUUAUAUCUUCGGCCAUCGGUGCUUAUUUGGUGAUUAAAGUUCUGAAACUGAAGCCGCUUAUCUCAGUCGACCCUGAAGAUAGAUGGAGAAGGAUAUUUCCCAUGUCGUUCAUAUUUUGUAUCAACAUAGUUUUGGGCAAUGUGAGCCUGCGGUAUAUUCCUGUUUCUUUCAUGCAAACCAUCAAGUCUUUUACCCCUGCAACAACAGUUAUCCUGCAGUGGCUAAUCUGGAAGAAGUACUUUGACUGGCGGAUUUGGGCUUCCCUAAUUCCUAUUGUUGGUGGGAUUCUACUCACUUCUAUCACAGAACUCAGUUUUAACAUGCUCGGAUUUUGUGCUGCUUUGUUUGGCUGUCUUGCAACGUCCACGAAAACAAUUCUUGCAGAGUCUCUGUUGCAUGGAUACAAAUUCGACAGUAUAAAUACCGUAUACUACAUGGCUCCAUUCGCAACCAUGAUCCUGUCUGUGCCAGCAUUGCUUCUCGAAGGAUCAGGUGUUAUCAGAUGGCUUUAUACGUGCCCUUCUCUUUUUUCCUCUCUGCUCAUCAUAUUCGGCUCUGGUGUAAUGGCCUUUUGCCUCAAUUUCUCCAUCUUUUACGUUAUUCACUCGACAACUGCUGUGACCUUCAAUGUUGCUGGAAAUCUUAAGGUGGUUGCUGUGGCUGUUACAUGCUCGUGGCUGAUUUUUCGAAACCCGAUCUCCAUGAUGAAUGCAGUUGGGUGUGGUAUUACUCUAGUCGGGUGUACCUUCUACGGGUACGUUAGACAUAUUCUCUCACAACAGACGCCCGGGACUCCUCAUACGCCGCGGACCCCACGCAGCAAAAUCGAGCUGAUUCCUCUGGUUAACGACAAAUUAGACGACAAAGUUUGA